CCUUGCAGCGCAAGCGGCUGGUGCCGCCGCCGCCUUCCCGUCCCGGGAUCCGGCUUUCUCCGCAGUCUGCUGCGAGGGCAGGCGGAGCAGGAUGCAAGAAAUAAACAAGAUUGAAAGUAUGAAACAAGAAUGGCUUUGCAAGCCAAGAGCUGAUGACCAAAUUCUUCACGGCACAGAGCAAAAAGCUUGUGAUAUUUUUGUCAACAACCUUUUUGAAGAAGUUCAGAAAGUUGGAGCCAGAGGCACUCACGAUAAAGUGAAGAAUCAAGCUGAUACAACGAUUAAGUUAUGGAAAAAUGGAUUCACGGUGGAUGAUGGUGAACUCCGCAGCUAUACAGACAUUGCAAACCAGCGAUUCCUGGAGUCUAUUAAAAAAGGAGAGUUGCCUCUUGAGUUGCAGAAGACAUUUGACAAAGAAGAGGUAGACGUGAAAGUGGAUGAUAAAAAGGAUGAAGUGUACACUUUGAGGACGCCGGUCUUUCACCCUUUCACUGGGCAAGGAUACAGAUUAGGAAGUGCCACACCAAGAAUAAUUUCUAAAGCGAAGCGAGGUGUUGAAGAAACUGAGAAAAGACCUUCAAUCAUGUUAAACACUUCAGAACCCAUUACUAGUAUCCAGAUCUGGUUAGCGGAUGGAACAAGGAUAGUACAAAAAUUUAAUGUUACGCACAGAAUAAGCCAUGUCAGAGACUUCAUAAUAAAUUACCCAGGACCCCAUGGAAGAAGUCCGUUCGUGCUGACCACAUCGCUUCCAUUUCGAGAGUUACUGGAUGAAUCUCUCACGCUGGAGGAAGCCAAUUUGAAAAAUGCUGUUGUUGUUCAGAGACUAAAAAAGAAUACGGAGCCUUUCAGAAAUGUGUCCUAGCACUGCCUGUCAGGAUCACCUACAGUACGUCAUGAGACGUGAGCUGCUGCUGUCUUGGGAAACGAGGGGACAAUGCCCCCCACACACCAAAUUGUUUUCCAGUUGAGUUAACUUAAUUCUACCAAAAGGCUAGCUGUUACUUGAACUCCAUUUAAACAAAGCCAAAAAGGAAAUUAAUAGCAAUAUCUGAGUGUACAACUUCUGCAAUGCUGCUUCAAAACAGCAUGUAGCGUGUGCUGUACCAAGGCCAUCCUAUUCUCAGAUCCAUUUUCACGUGAAAGUCCUGAAUAGAAUGUAAUAAGCGUUUUUUUAAAACUAGGCUAUUUAAGCUGGACAACUGCACUUGUUUAGUAAAGGGGGAAAAAACAUAAGAGUUUUUAUUUACACACUGAGUUAUGAUUUGGAGUUUUUUGCUGGUGAGGAAUAGCCCUUGUUUUUAUUCUUGCUCUUUGUUCCGUUAUGCUUUAUUGCUCACUCAGUGCUGCACUAAAAUAUGUAUGGUAGGUUAGCUGAGUUUAUGCAAUCUGAAGAGAAACCACAGUAUACUGAAAUGAUUUAAGCUUAAAACAAAUAUUUAGAAGCACUCAAGAUCUGAGAUCAUCGUUUCGAAGUGGCUGCCUUGAAAUUUUUCUGCCAGAAUUGUAUCUUGUUCCAUUUUUGUGCUGUUAGGAAAAGAUCCACACCUUUAUCUUUGGUUCUUAAACCAUUUCCCUCCAUUGGUUUUAACAGCACUUGUUUCCAAGUAUCUGCACGGGAGACGGGGGCAUUGGUUUGUGACUUAGAAGUAUAGAGCAGGGGUUACACCCGCUGGAAAGAGCUAAUUCAGAAGUCCAGCAUUGGGGAGAUCCUGUAAUAGAAAUCUGCAUUACAAAAUUUACAUGCACAUUUCUGUUUUAGGUAAUCCUUGAGAUUUUUCAGAAUGGUCACUCAGAUAUGGGAUGCUAGGGAAUAACGAAAACCCCAACCCCCAAAAUCUGUGUUGUUUUUCAUGAUCAAGUGCUUGCUGUCAGUAGUGUAGCAGACAUCUUGUUUUUCUUUGAUUCAAAUUUCUUGCACUGGGGAAUGGGGAACCCCACCAGCACAACCAGGGGCAAGGGCCACUAGACCUGAUGUUCUGUCUCAUUCUUUCUCCUUCCUUCCCUCUUUUGUGGGGACAGGGCUCUUUUUCCUUCUGCAAGUAGGGUGGCUGGGGGCACUUUUUGCAGGGAUCUGUAGAAUUGGAGCCCUUGGUCCAAUUCGCUAGAAACUUGGGGGAUCUUUAGUGGACAGGCCGGCCUAGUUAUGCUGCGAUUUUGGUGUCAUUUGGUUGAAGACAAACGCUCCAGCAUCCCUGAAAAGGCCCCUCUAUAGAGAAUAAUGGAAGAGUUGUGGGGUUGGGAAUGGGGUGGUUUUCUGCAAAGAAAUCCUUCCUUACUUUGUGAAAGGAAAGAAACCACAGACCACAACAAGGAAAGAUGGCAAAUGCAGUUUGGGGAAAGGUAAAAUGGUUCUAUUGACAGUCAAUGACUGUAAGAAUAGGAAAAUGAAAUGAAUGUAGAUCAUGUUUUUAGUUUGUUUAAAUGCUGUUGGCUAGCUGGCUAGUUUCGACCCACAGGAAUCAAUAGAGAAAAUUGUGCCUGCCCCAAGAUGCACCAAAUUCAGGGGUCUAUAAAAUGAAGCCCCUUUGUGAUUGAACUUGGAACUUAGGGAGUUAGAUGACGUGGAAAACAUGUUUGGUGACAGACGGCGUUUUAUCAUUCACUACUCUUUGAUGGAUAAUACUGUAGAGAUGCGAGAAAGCCACAAAAGGAAUAAUGGCAGAGAUGCUUUCCUCGUAUUUGUAAGAUGCCAGAUACAGCUUUAGUUUAUGUUACAGCUAAAGAUUUUGCUGUAGGCAGGUCCACCACCCUUCUUGGGAACUCUUUUUUUCAUCUAUGGUUGUGACAAGUUCACUCAGCGGUUCUAUCGGGAGAAGUUUGGCAUUGAUAACUUCCAGCCAGUUGAUACAAAGCUACCCCCAGAGGAAGUGAAACAGAUAAUCCCUCCCUACAAUGGUUAUGGCUCCAUUGAAUACAUUCCUCGUUGAAAAUAAUAGACCUGAAUCUCCAGAACCAACCCCCCCCCCCCACCAGAUUUGAAUAAUAGACCAGUAACCUCCUACCAGAAAAUCAGCAACCAUGGUAAAAUUUCCUCCCUCAAUCCAAAAUUAUAAUGAAUGUUUUCUCAAAGCACACCCCUGUCCUCUAAGCAUUCCAUGUGCAGGCAGAGCCGCAUGGGGAAAUUUUAAACAAGCAGCUCUUCGUGUUUGUUUUGAGAUGGUGGAGUCUCAGUGUAUCAUCUUGAAGUGCGUGUUUAGAUUAAGCUUAUAAAGGAAGAAGACUGUUGUUUUGGGCAAACUGGUAAUUCUGCUUUUGUGAUAAAUCCCAAAUAAUCAUAUUUGGGGACACGCAAAUAUAACCGUUUUAAUGAGAUCAAUUUUUCCCAUGGAGUCUCUCUGCACAAGACAUCUUACAUGACAAUGCUCAAGUGUAGGGAGAUGCAAUGUUAGGACGCUUUAAAAGACAGAGCCAUUGGUGAUUGCUUCUCAGAGGGUUUAUUAACUUUAUCUUCUCCUCCCCAAAGGGGAGGUGAAAUUAACAGAGCCUUCAGGGAAGCGAAGAUGAAAUUGACAAACCCUCUGAGGAGCAAUCUGCCAGCUCUGUCUUUUUAAACUACGUUUCCAGGCUAACAUUGUAUCUUCCUACACUUGAGCAUUGUCAUGUAAAAUGUCUCGUGUAGAAAGAUUCCCUGGACUGUUACCCACAUGGAUGCUUUCCUCAGCUUUAUUUACUUAUUUACAAAACUUUUACCCUAUUUUUCUGCUAUCUCAGGGCCACCAAGGUGGCUAACAAAUUUAAAACAUACAAAUUAAAAUAUCGUCUUGUCGGUCAUAAAAAUCAUCAUGUGUAUACAUCAUUCAAACAAUUUAAAAACAGAAUUUAAACUAAAAGAUAAAAACAAGGCUGCAACACUGGUUUGGGGAGCAUCCACAUGAUGUCACCCUCUAUUCAUCCCGUUUCUGUUUUCCCCUGUGACCUUCCACAAAUCUGGCUUGAUAUGAUCUUUUUGGAAAGAUGGUCAAAGUGUCUUUGACAGCUACAUGGAUGGGAAGGUGUAUAUUUUUGCAGAUUGUGCCCAGUUGGCACCAGUUACCUUGCCUCAAUCCCCAUGGCUGUUUCCCCUAACCCACUUGAGGGCUUUUUCAGGUUUGGGGGGGAAUAUGCAACAGCAAUAUUGCUACAGCGUUAUAGUGUUAUAACAAAAUAUUUCAACAGUGUACUAGUUCCCAGUUUUCUUUUUUAGAAGUAAGUCUCUAGUCCCUUUUAGUUGCAGAGUUAUAAGGGAAAAAACACAGCCAGUACCUUUCUUCGUAUAACUUUUCAACAAAAAGGGCUAAAGACUUAUUUUUUAAAAAAAGUGUGAAUGACUAUAUUGCCACAAUAGAAAAAACUAAAUACCCAUGAAAUAUAAACACAACAAUUAGUAUCAAUUUGACUCACGAAACUACCCAAAAAAUUCCACAGCAUACCAAUAACCCACAAUUCCACAGCCUAGAUUUCAUGGCCAUUAUAUUCCCCUUAACUGCCAAAGACUGUUUGGUUUGGUUUGCAACUCCCAAAUUAGUGUGGUGUGUUGUUUUAACUAAUUUUUUUCUACUAACCUGGGAGCUUGCAAAACCAUAAAUGGUAGUCACGGCUGACCCCAUUGCAUGUAUUUGGCUAUACGUAUUUGGGGUGGGGGCAGCCUUUGCCAGUUAGGUAUAGUUAAGAAUAGUGAUAAUUACAUUUCUGGCAGUUUCUUGCUUAGUGUGUCUAUAAAAAUGAAAGGAUAUAGGUAUUAAUAAUGUGAAUUGAUGACAACCAGGUUGUAUGUACACACAGUGAAAUACAAUACAUGUGUGUGCUUAUCACUCAAAAUUUAUGAACUUUGCUGCAUCUGUAUCGAAUAUUUCAUCUUGCGUGAGAUGGCCCAUAUGCAUGCUAGAAACUUACAUUUUCAAGUACUGCAAAAAUAUGCAUGAAAGCUAUAAACAGCAAUAGGCUGUCAAGGUUGUGUAUGUAUACAAUAUAUACACUGAUGUGUAUAUGUAUAUUCAACAAUCUUUUACACUAUGAAGUAAAAUAUAAUCGUACCGUUUUAGAAAACUUCAUAUUUGACUAGCGAUGAAGCACAGAAUCUCUGGAAUUAUUCAAACUACUAAUGGCUUCAGAAAUGAGAAAAUUGUGGUUUCCUUUGUGUUUGGCUUUCCACUGUUACGGAAAGGGGGUGUUUCUUAAAAUUGCUGGUCACUAUUUGUUCUUUUUAUAGAUGUACAGAAAACAAGUGCCUGCUAAUGGGAAAGUUUUGUAUGCCAGUAGGGCCAUCUUUUUGAAAUACCGAAGGAACAAAAUGGGAUUUUCUUGAAAAACUAUGUAGUAUCUGUGGGUUGGAUCCAAAAGUCAUUUACCAUCAGCUAAAGGGGAGGGAACAGUUUCACCAAUCCCCUCCCCUGUGCAGACCCCUGAUUCACCUGUUGUGUUUUUGAGGGGCCCUGGUUCACAGGAGCAGCAUUUUGUUAGCACAAUAGAUUGCAUUGGGAAGAGGAAGAAGCAGAAAUGUUGAUCUUUAUUGGCGGCAGUGCCUUUUUUCCAAGGAAAUCCCGCUAGUCCACAAACUGCUUUUCCUAGCCUGUGUUUACUAAGCUGUUUACUAAACUGGUUUGUAUCAAACAAACUUGCAGCCAGAUUUUAAAAUUUGCCAGCUCAGAAUUGUGCGUACAAAGCAUAGCACCACCAGCAAGAAAUCAGACUAUGGCCGUUCACUUAGCAUAAUACCUUUGCAAUGCCAGAGAUGUAGGAAGGUACCUGAGUAUAAAGGAUUGUUUAGAGAAGGCUAGGAAUGAUCAUGAAAAAGGCAGCAGCUAUUUUUGUUGAAAAAUAAUCGUGAAAUGGAUCCUGUAUGCUGUAUUCAUAAAUGGCCUUGUUUGCCUUGAGAGGUAUCGAUGUAAUCCUGCAAUGGAGGAGAUAACCUAUAUGUAUGCAAGACCCACUUUAUGAUUCCUUCUGUAUUUAAAGUCUGGCUUGGUUUCAGCAGAAUGAACCUCAGCCUGUCAACCUGAAUUUAAACUGAUGUGGAAGUGUAAGUCCUGCUUUAACUUUACAGGAACUAUUUCAAUGUAAUAAUACUUGAGGGUCAGAGUAUUCAAGAAUUCAGUAGUUGCUGCUGUCAUUUAUCACGAACCGAAAUACGAACCAAAUUUCAUCACGAUCCAGGCUGGUUCGUGGUUUGCGAACCAGCGGUUUGUCAGAGCCUAUUUCUGACGAACCACCACGAACUUUAGGGCGAUUCGUUUGGUUUGUUUUUUGGUUCAUCACUGCAGACAGCCUGGUGCCAAUCAAUCAGUUUCCUAGGCAACGGGGGUUGGGCUUUCUGCAGACCUGCUGACCCAGAAGUGGUGAUUUGCUGGCCUGGAAGUGCCGUUUUCACUAAACCAAACGAACUGGUUCGCGAACCAGGGCAGGUUCGUGAAAGUUCAUGGUUCAUGAAAUGUAACCACAAACUGCAUAGUUGUUGUUUUUCUGGUUCAUGCCCAUCUCUGUUUAUCACCAUCUCUGAUCCUGGCAGCAGCGCUCAAAAUUAAAUCCAUAUUAGGAACUGCAGAGCCGAAGUGUAGGUUCCUGCUUUGAAAGGCUAUAGACUUACAGUGUUUGUAGGUAGUUGUUCUGAUGAUAGAGGAACUCUGGUCCGAAUGAAGGUAUUUAAGAGCAUUAACUUGUAGAAAAUUAAUGACUACAUGAAAUGUGCAUGGCUAGAGAGGUGUACAUACAACCCUAUCUGUUUGCUAGAUCUCUAUGCAAUUAUGCAGUGACUUAACCUGUUAAGACAACCAACUUGCUAAUAGCAUUCAUCUGUGUUCAAAACCACACACCUAGUAUCUCUCCCAUAAUUGGCCAGUGUGUAAUACUUGCUUGAAUUCAGUGCCUUAGUAUCUUAUGCAGCAAAGUCAAAAUGGUCUUGUGAAAAAGAUUAAGAUGGAACUAUUUCUGUUACAGAGGAUGUACCUGUUACAUCUCAAGCCUCUGAAAAGCAACUUGAUGGCAAAGGCACUUCAUCCUGUGGUCCAAUGGAGCUCAGGAUGUGAGAGGCAGUGCCCCCUGGGCCAUGUGUGUGCCUCCUUACGCAGGUACCCUUUCCCUCCUUUCAGUUUUGAGGAUAACUAUAGUUAGUAUUCCCGCUAAAUCCAUGGUGUUAACUAAAGGUAAAGGUAGUCCCUUGUGCAAGCACCAAGUCAUUACCAACCCAUGGGAGGACAUCACAUCACAAUGUUUUCGUGGCAGACUAUUUACGGGGUGGUUUGCCAUUGCCUUCCCCAGUUAUCUACAUUUUACCCCCAGGAAACUGGGUACUCAUUUUACCGACCUUGGAAGGAUGGAAGGCUGAAUCAACCUUGAGCCAGCUACCUGAACCCGGCUUCCACCAGGAUCGAACUAAGGUCAAGAGCAGAGCUUGGGCUGCAGUACUGCAGCUUACCACUCUGCGCCACAGGGCUCUUCCAAUGGUCUUAACUGACAGGCCCCAAACCCAUGUCUAACCAUAGUUUCAGUCUGAAGAUGGUAUGAUAUGACAAACAAAAAGAUCUUUCUCUGCAAUCAAGGACAUGCCCUUAAGCCAGCCAUUACAUUCAGAUAUUUGACAUUUGAAAGGAGGGGAGUUCUGCUGAUUAGCAUCGGUUCAGUGUUCUUUUUUUAAUGGGAUAUGGUUCAAUGCUAAACUUUGUUAAUGAUUUUAAGCACAAUAUGCACAAGGUUUUGUUGUAGCAAUUUCCAUUACAAUGUUGAGUUAGAAAGAUGAGGCACAAUAUCAAAUGGGGGAUGUGUUUGUAGCAAUAUUUGUAUUUAUUGAUGUUUGUAGAAAAAAUAUUAAAAGCAUUGUGUUUUUUA